UUUCAGCUUAUUGAGUCAAUUGUCGUCAGUUUUUGGGUUGAGGUUCACUGUAAAUGUUACACUUCAUUACACUCAUUUCCUAUUUUUUUAUUUCCCAUUUCCAUAUAACUAAUUAGAACAUACAAAAUUAGUGUUAUAUUCAUAGCUAAUAAUUUAUCUUAUUUUUUAGUGGCUCCAAAAAAAGUAGUGUAUGGACGUACAUGAUGAAAGAGUCAGAUAAUACUAUUACAUGCAACUUAUGUAAUGCAGUCGUAAAGAAUUCAGGUAACACAUCAAAUUAGCGGGCUCAUCUACAGAAGCAUCAUCCUGAUGUUAGAUUAGAAAUUGUCAAGGACUCCACUGCGAACAAAUCAGGACAAACCCAAAAGCGUAAAAUGUUGACAGCAACAUCGCCAAAUCCGAAUGAAAACGAUUCUCUGAACAAUUAUCCAAAACAAGAAGAUGAGACACAUGAUGGUACCGGUCCAAAAUCAAUAAAAUUAAGUCAAAAAAUAGAAGAAAAAUUACCUGGAUCAAUAAAAAGUACUAAUUCAAAACAAUUCAAAGUAAAUACUUUAUUUGAGAAUCAGCAAUCAUUCAAUGAUGGAGAUAAGGCUAACGGAAUGCUCAAUAGGAUUUUUUUUAUGAUUGCGAAAGAUCAAAUGCCAUAUAGUUGUGUUGAGAAGAUAGGCUUGCGUACACUUUUAAAUUAUGCAGCUCCACACUAUAAGAUACCCUGUCGAACAACAAUCGCUCAAAAAAUGGAGGCAAAAUACGCAUGUAUAUCGAAUAUUGUAAAGGAAGAUCUAUCAAAAGUAAAAUACAUUACUUUAACUGCAGAUGCUUGGUCCGAUACACUAAAUAAUGUAGGUUAUUUAGGCGUAACCUGCCUUUUUAUUCAUAACUAUGGACUUCAAUCUAUCAACAUUGGCGUGACAGAAUUGAACGAUUACCAUACAUCAGAAAAUCUAAAAAACUGGCUAUUAUAGAUAGUCAAGGAUUGGAAAAUUAAUAUGGAUUCCAUUGUAGCAGUAGUGACCGACAAUGCUGCUAAUAUAAAAAAGCCGUAAAAGAAGCGUUUGGAGAAGACAAAUAUUUGGAUUGUUUGGUACACACCUUGAAUUUAGUUCCAUCUGCAUUAUUGGCAUCGGGCCAACUCUAACCAAAGUCAAAGAGAUUGUGCGAUUUUUUAAACAAUCCAAUAAUGCAUCAGACAAGCUGCGUGAAGUCACUAAAGAUAGAUUAAUUCAGAGUGUUGAUACACGAUGGAACUCUGAUUACCACAUGUUAGAAAGAUUUAUUGUGCUACCAGACAAAAUUGUUCCUAUAUUGUUGCAAUUGCCAAAAUCACCUCCGAUGCUUACAGCGGACGGAAUACACAUUGUUAAGGAUUUAAUAAUCCGACUAAAGCCGUUUUACAAUGCAACAAAAAUCGUAUGUGGAGAGAAAUACGUAACAGGCCGUCAAGCUAUUCCUAUAAUAAAAAUAUUAGAAAAAUAAUUAGAAUCUAGCAUCGUUACU